AUGAAAAAACUGGCUUCACUCAUGGGAUGGGCAAAGACGAGAACAACUCAGUAUCAUCUCUCCUCCAACGGACUGGUAGAACGAUUCAAUAUAACCCUGUUUCAAAUGAUACUGUGUUUUGUUAGCCAAAACCAAGAUCAUUGGGACACCCAUCUCCCACUUCUUCCUAGGGCCUAUCGCAGUACGCCGCACACUAUUACAGGACUUACGCCUAACCGCCUAAUGCUUGGUCAUGACGUUCACCUUCCACAGGAAGUUAUCUUCGGGCUACAUCCAUCUGAGAAGCAUUCUGAAGCAGAUUAUGUUGAACAACUGAUGAUAUCUAUGAAGAAGUGUGAGGAUCUUGCCCGUCAAAACUUGAAGAAAGCAGUCAAAAGUCAAAAAAGAUUGCAUGAUUUAAGGCUGUAUGAGAGAACAUAUAAUAUUGGUGACCUCGUCUACAUCAAGGAUGACGCUAAAAGGAUAAAAAAGAACCCAAAACUUCAGCCUCUCUGGAAAGGACCAGCAGUUGUUUCCAAAAAAUUGCGACCAGUUUUGUAUAAUGUGAUAACGGAAAAAGGUUCCUCCACUCUCCAUCAUGAUCGUCUGAAGCCAUGUCAAGUUGAUACACUGCCAAGAUGGAUUGCCAAGGUUCGUCGCCAGUUAAAUUAUUGUAACGACUUUGACGAGUUUUCUAAGGAAUGUGCAGAUGGAAAGUAG